UGCCACACAGCCUGCGACGCGUCCUGAGAGGCUUAAAUACGGCGUCGUAGCGACGCGGCUGCAGUUUCACCGUACACCGGCUCCUGAUAGCUCCGGAAGCAGUUCGGGUCCUGACGAGUGCAGCCUACUAGCUACCUGUGGUAGAAGCUGCUUUCCUUCUGGCUUUGCGUAGGGGCAAACACCGAGGAACCUUGGCGUUACAGACUGCAGAUGGCGCUGCUUCUGGAAUCCUGGAUCGGCGACUUGGUCGUCGUUUUGUCGGCGGCCGUGCUCGCUCUCUACCUGUGGUUCUCCAGUAGCUACAAGUACUGGAAGAACAAGGGAGUGCCGUACGCGGAACCUACUUUCCCGUUUGGAAACUUCACGAGAACCUUUCUCGGCAGGGAAGCUUUCGGUGUGACCAUGCAGGGAAUAUACAAUCUACUACCAAGUGAGAGGUAUGUCGGAUUUUAUGGACUUGAUCGUCCUAUGCUGCUUAUCCGCGACCCAGACCUGCUUCGCAACGUCCUUGUCAAGGAUUUCACGACGUUCCACGACAGGGGAAAUUUCAUCGACAACGGAGAUCCGCUGAACAGGCACCUCGUCGCGUUGGAAGGAAAGGAGUGGCGACGGCUGAGAACCAAGUUAAGCCCCACGUUCACAUCGGGCAAACUGAAGGGCAUGUUCAAGAUUAUCCAGGACUGCGGGAGGGAGAUGGCGGACGUGGUGGGGGAAAUGGAGGACCGCGGGGAGUCUGUGGAAGUUCGGGAGCUGAUAGCGCGGUUCACUACAGACGUCAUCUCCUCCGUCGCCUUCGGCCAGGAGUGCAACUGCCUGCGGAACCCAGAGCACGAGUUCCGGCAGUGGGGCAGAAAGAUGUUCGAGCCCUCUACGGCCACGGGCAUCUUUCUCCUUCUGAUGUUUCUCAGACCAACGCUACUUGCCUGCCUCGGGUUAAAAGGUGGACCGUCGGCAGUCAGCAAAUAUUUUCAACAGAUGGUUGUAGACACUGUCGCUUACAGAGAGAAGAAUAACUUUAGACGGAAAGAUUUCAUGGAUCUUCUUAUUCAGCUCAAAAAUAAGGGGUUCGUCGAUCCUGACAAAGGACAGGAAGCGGAGGGUGAGCAACAUGAGGACAUCGCCACUACCGACAAAUUAUCGAUGGGAGACUUGGCUGCACAGGCGUUUAUCUUCUUUGGGGCGGGCUUCGAGACGUCUUCGACAGCGACGAGCUUUACUCUGCACGAGUUGGCUUUCAACCCUGACAUACAGAGCAAACUACACGAUGAAAUCGACACAGUGCUCAGGGAAAACGACGGCGAAAUUACUUACGACGCCAUCGCCAGAAUGACCUACCUUGACAAGGUUUUAUCAGAGUCUCUUAGGAAGAACCCACCAUUGACCACUCUGAUCAGAGAGUGUAACCAAGAUUACAAGAUUCCAGACAGCGACGUCGUUCUAGAGAAAGGAACUAAAAUAGCGGUGUCUGUGUUGGGCCUUCACCGUGACCCCAAGUAUUACCCUGACCCUGAACGUUUCGACCCUGAGAGAUUCUCCGAAGAGGCCAAAGCUCAGCGACAGCCAUAUACCUACCUGCCUUUUGGGGAUGGACCACGUAAUUGCAUAGGUAUGAGGCUCGGCCUGUUGCAAACCAAAGUGGGUCUCGUGAACUUGCUAUCAAAGUACAACGUGCGACCCACCGGGAAGACGAAAGCAAAUCUGGAUUUCCACCCUAGGUCCGCCAUCCUCAUGUCUAAAACUGGCAUCCACGUUCAGUUUGAAAAGCGAAUCUAGGACGACAACAUUAAAUAACAAUAUAAAAUUGCAGGGUGUCAAAUUUUGUGUCUUAAACUGUGGUACACUGUUUCUGUUGUGACCAUGUUAUUCUAUGCUUUAUGACUUGCAGAGGACUACAAAUUCCUCACAUAUUGGCUUUCCGGAAAGAAUGAAUUGUUUAUGAUUGUAUAGCAAACAAGUGUUCAGCACUGGCCAGCCUGUAUUACGUCUUUGCGCUUAUUGCAAAUAAAUAUACACGUUUCUCUAGUCUAGGCAUUAAAACUUUUUCUAUUUGGGUAAGAUAAUGGUUAUUAUUCCAUCUGCUUUUCGGAAGAUUAUGAAAAUGUAAAUAUCCAGAUGUCAUUGUCUGGUCCUGCCACCGGAAGGCAAUUUUAUGCAACCGUCUCUCUGUUGAAUGCAUAGGCCAGUUGAAAUUGUGAGAUGCCAGGCUCACUUGAAAACAGGUGCGUCAGGUGGUCAAAAGUCUACGAUUUUGUAAAACACCAUUCGAAAGCGAUUUUGUGAUUUUAUUAAAAGGAUAUUUGCGGAAAAGAGGGUUUUUAAAUGACGGGGCUAUUUUCUAAAUCAGAGGCAGUCUAUCUUUUUUACGUAGCACGAAAUUUUGUACCUUUACUGGUAGCAAAAUUUUCUAAGCGCCCACCAGUUCCACAGUAACAAUGUUUUACAAAGUACUGAACUAAACUUAACCUUA